AUGGCUCCCGCUUCUUGCUUUCUCGGUAUCUUCUGUGGCACAGGCGCAAGCACUGGCACGACCACAUCACUUUCUUCGAUCUCAACCUCGUCUAUCUCAUCUUAUCCUCCCUCAUCAUCAGCGUCAACAUCGUCUGCCGUAGUCUCGUCUACUGGUCCCGCAGCAGCGAGUUCCACGCUCAAAUCGUCGAAAGCCGGCGUGUACUCGAACUGCUACUACACCGUCGACGGUGUAGGAGAGUUCAAUACCAGAUGGGUUGCAGAUUGGACAACCGGUGUCACGCAAGAUCUGACCGGUAUCGUGUCCUCUGCGUAUACCGUCGGAUCUACCAGCUCCUCGACUACUACAACAAGCAGCAAAGUCAAGAGAGGUCUUGGUAGUCUUUUCUCCCUCUUCUCCAAUUCUCUCUCUUUCAGAAUUCUGCCUUCCUCGGUCAGUCAGUCAGUGACAACGACAGGAAAUAGUGCUGUGGGUGCAGUUGGAUCCCUUGCUUCCGGAGCCGGUGCAGCAGUUGCAUCAGUCGAAGCGGCAAUGAGUUCCAGCACUCAGCUCUAUACUUCCUACAACGAUAUCUUGUACGGUAGUGUCAGAGCUGUCAUUCUGUUGAGUAAUGCCACUGGUUUUACCUCGUUCAGAAGCGAUACCAUGGAGAUCGACCUCAAUUGGCUGGACUAUCACUCUACCUACGACACUUCCGUGGUUUCUGAUGCAUCUUCGGCUUGGCACGAGUAUCGUGUUGACUGGCUACCUGGAAGCACCAGUUAUUACAUCGACGGCAAUCUUGUUGAUAGCACAGCUAGUGAGGCAAGCCCUGGUCUUUGGCUCUGGAAUGCUUGGUCAGACGGGAACGAUGAUUCUGUUUUCCAGAUACGCAGUAUUGAUGCUUACUUCAAUCGAACAUCGGUAAAUGCAGACAUUGCAAAUGGAAUCGCCGUUUGUAAAGAAGUCAGCAUCGUUACAGGAGCUACAUCUGCUGUCAGCGCUACCACUAGUGCCCUCGGAAACCUAGCAGGAGCAGCCACUGCUGCCAUUGGCGGUGUUGCCAGCUCAGCCUCGAGCUCUUCGACCAUCCCAACACCCACUCUCAAUACUCUUGCUACCUCGACUAAGACUCCUUCAUCCUCCGCUCAGGCCACUGUCUCUUUCACAACCAUCAGUUCAGCUUGGACGGGUAAAACAACUUCCACAACAACUCAACUCAAUGGCUUGGCUGCCACUGUCAUCAUUCUCACUCCCGGUGUGGUCCAGACUACUGCUUCGUCUGCUCCUACUUCAGGCGGCUACGUCUACAUGACUUCAACUACAGACUCGGGCACAUUCACCGCCGUCCAAACCAAGACCUUCCUUCCAACAGUCGGCACAGUUGCCACAGUCCAGAUCAUCUAUCCCACUCCUGUCACGACAUGUGGCAAUACCGGAAUUGCUUACGCCGGCUAUACGAAUUCGUUCGCUGGCGGCCAAAGCACUUACGGCUACCCCAAGUUCAAUCCUACCGUCUACAAGUCUGCCAAACCCACGCAGACUGGCGUGACAAACUACAUUGCUGAAGUCAACACUCCAUCCCAAAACUGGGUCAUUGACCACACCUUCUACCUUUUCGCUCGUCAAGACGGAUAUUACAGCUUCAACAUUCCAUACACGGAUGAUAUCCAGCUGGUGUGGUAUGGCGAUAAAGCUGUAUCCGGGUGGACCAGAGACAAUGCCGACAUUGUUCAGUUCUGGAGUAGCCAGAUUGGCUCGCAGACGCCUCAGACUAUUGCUGUCUACCUUACCACAGGAAGCUACCUUCCCAUACGUCUUGUAUACGCGAACGGUGGAGGCCAAGGUGAGCUGGACUUCAACAUCUAUGCUCCUGACGGAAGCGCAGUAUUGGCGUCCAACAAGGGGUUGGGCACGGGAAGCUCCUCGGUCGAUAUUGUGCAGUUCCCUUGCGACGGCACAUUGGGUGCGAAUCCCGAAAACAGUAGCGAUUCCGACAGCGGUGCUCCACCUACCAAGAAGGUCGGGGAGUUGAGUCUGUUUCAGAAGCCUGCGGUCACCGAUUAUACAGUCAUUCCGCAGGCUAUCUUCAGUGCUGCAACCAAUCGUUCGCAGAUGUUCGAUGUCAGCAUGAGAUUGUAUCGACCUACGACCCUGGACGAACAGCCAAUGCGCGCUCACAUCUCCGACUUUUCAUGUAUACAGAAGACCAUCACCUCCAAGUCUUCACCUGCAUUGCUUGCAGCUAUCGACACAAUCAGCUUGUUGCAACUUGGUGUAUCGUACCAAGACCAGGCAUUCUUCGAACAUGCACGCCGAAGGUAUGGACAGGCGUUGACAGCAUUGGUGGUUGCACUCAACAAGCCAAAUGUGCUUGGUAACAAUGAUGUUCUGAGUGCCAUGAAGAUACUCGAGUUUUGUGAGGCCAUCAUCUUUGCAGAACCAAAAUGGUUGGCAGUCACGAAAAACACACCUUACACGGACUCAUCGCCUCGUCUAUUCGAUAUCUUAGUACACAUACCGGGCCUUUUCGAGCGUGCCGAUAACUUGAUCGCGAGUGCCGAACCUACCUAUCUGAGCGGGGUGGUUGCAGACUUGGUCACUGCCAUCGAGCAACUCCAAGACUGGGAGGCCGGUUAUCACUCUGAGCUCAAGGAUCCAGGCUUCACGAACGUUGACGUAUCGAGAUUCAAAAGAUUCACACGACUAUGCCAUAACAAGUUGUUCCCACUAGCCAUCGACUUCCCUGAUUUUCUCACGGGUUAUCUUCAGUCGAUAUACUGGCUCUAUCUCUUCACUAUCGAGUGCACGCUUCAGGACGUCUUGAUGAAAUACCCUGGUAGCAAAUGCACCAUCUCGCUCGAUGAUUUGAACAAGCGAGUCCUGCAGAUCGCCAUCUACAUGUGUCAGAUGAUGCCAUAUUUUUGCGAGCCGGACGCUGCAUCAAUGGGCCGCUUCGCCACUUUCAUGCCGUUGGUAUUUGCACUCAGAUACUUUGAGGCUCGCGGAAUGAAGUCACAACAGGAUUGGUGUCAGGAUGUUACCGAUGCCAUGUUCAACGAUGGUAUAAACCCGCCGUGGAAAUUGGACCUGGCCAAAGGAUUGGAGCCAGCAUGA